AUGCAUAUCAUUCAGCACACAUCUCCCAUUUUUGCUCUCAGGACAGCUCUCCUCUUCGAUCCGGCUAUGCUGUCACACGUCUGCCUCUGUCCUCAUGGAAAUAAUCCCCAAGUACAUCCGGAGCAUCCGCUACGGAUUAUCUCUGUCCUCGAGCGGAUUGCCAGUUCUCGACUCCAGAUACCUCGCGGUUUGCUCUCGUCCACCUCUCUCACCGCCUCUCCCGACCAGGAAUCCUACCUGGCAUUGUCGGAGGGUCUUCCUUUAGCCUUCUUCUGUCAUUGGAUGCGUGCACGCAUGGCCACAAGGGUAUGUGUCUAUUCUUCCAUCGUCUUUGUCGUGUGGAUUGUCGUGACUGACUGCUGCCUUCAGUUAUUGUCGUCAAUGGAAUUUUUUAUCAAUGUCUCUCAAAUAACUGCCAAACGAGCUUUUCUACGGUGGUAA